AAGAUGAGAGAUGUCAUCACAGGCUUGACCAGAGAUGAUAUCCCUACCCAGGUCUGUGUCAGGGUGCUGAGUAAAAAACCAGGACUCAAAGAUACCAACUUUCAGGUCUUAGGAGUGAAACUGAAUCUGGUCAGCCACCUGGCAAUGAACUCCAAGUUCAGCCAGACCUCUGCCCAGUGUAUUCUGGGAGACAUGGUGGACAAGGUGGGGGAUGUGAAGAAUGGGGGCACCUGUCAGGAGGCUCUCAGCUGUAUAGCAGAGGCCACAUCACUGGAGUUUGUGGCACAGGAGGUAAUGAAACUAGCCUUUGCUCAAAAGAAUCCCAAGAACCAAUCUGAGGCACUGAACUGGCUUGCCAAGGCAGUCAAGGAGUUUGGAUUUAAAAUCAAUGUUAAACCUGUGAUAGAAGUACUCAAGAAGGCCUUUGCAGCUACAAACCCAGCUGUGAGAACCUCUGCUAUUGCCUUUGUGGCUGUGGCACACAUGUAUAUGGGACCUACACUCAGGACUUUGUUUGAGGAUGAGAAACCUGCUCUCUUACAACAGAUUGAUGACGAGAUUGCCAAGGUUCAAGGAGAGAAGCCUCCAGCACCUACCAGAGGCACCACUCCAAAAGACAAAGGUGGUGAUGAUGAUGAUGAGGAGGAGGAAGAAGGAGAGGAGCAGGCAGAUGUGGCAGAUUUGGUCCCUAGAAAUGACAUCAGUGAUAAAAUCACAGAGGAAAUUGUGACAGAGAUGGCAGACAAAAACUGGAAGAUCAGAAAUGAGGCUCUUCAGAAGGUUGCUGCCAUAAUCAAUGAGGCCAAGUUCAUUACUCCAAACUUGGGCAGUCUCCCAGAGGCCUUGAAGGCAAGACUAGGAGAUUCCAACAAGAUCUUGGUUUCCACUUGCCUUACUAUCUGUCAAACUCUGGCCACUGCUAUUGGUCCCAAAAUCAAACAGCAUGUGCGCAUUAUCGGGCCAGGGAUGGUAGGAUGCUUUGGAGAUUCCAAGCCCCAGCUGAGAGCAGCCACAGGGACUGCACUGGAUGCCUGGGUGGAGCAAUGCACUUUGCUUCCUUUCUUGGAGGGAGAGAUCUUCAGUGAGCAUCUGAAGAAAGGAAAUCCAAAUCUCAAGACAGAGCUGCUUGGAUGGCUGGCCACAAAGUUGCCCAGCUGCAAGAAGGUGCCCAAAGACAACAAGGAGGAGCUCCUGGCUUGCAUCUCCUCCAUUCUCACCUGUCUGGAGGACAGGAAUGCUGGGGUGCGCACCAAGGCUCAGGAGGCCCUGGUCCCUUUCAUGAUCCACACAGGCUACGAUGCCUUCCUCAAGGCCUGCAAUUCAUUGCCUGCAUCUUCCAAAGAACCAGUGAAGGCUCAGUUAGAUAAGGCUAGGGAAAAUCUUCCCGCAAAACCGCCACCUAAAAGUAAGAGCACAACAUCUGCUGCCCCUACACCAGUAGCAGCACCACCUGAGGAUGAUGAGCCAGAGCCUGCACCAUCAGCACCCAAGGCAGCAGCCAAGUCCCCACCUAAAGCUGAAGGCAAGCCAAAGGCUGGAGGCAAGAUUGUAGUCAGAGGAAUGAAGAAAGGACCAGCUGCUGGAAAAAGCAGUAAAAAAGACGUGGAGGUUGACCUGAGUCCUCCCCUUACCAUUGGCUCAUCCAAAGAGAAGAGAAUGAAGGAUGAGAAAAACUUGAAGACAUUAAAAUGGAACUUUACCUCUCCACUGCCUGAAUUUGUUGAGCAGCUGAAGAAGGAUAUGGAACAAAAUGUGAACAAGACAUUGAUGGAUCAGAUGUUUAACAAAGACUUUAAACAACAUAUCAAAGCAUUGGACACCUUAAUAAAAGCAGUUGAAGAACACCGUGAUGCCACUGUGGCCAACCUUGACCUAAUCCUCCGCUGGAUGACCUUGAGGUUCUUUGAGACUAAUCCCACUGUCCACAUCAAGGCCCUGGAGUACCUGGCCUCUGUGUUCAGUCUACUGGCAGAGGAGGACUAUCACCUCCUGGAGUUUGAAGCCUAUGCCUUUGUGCCAUACUUGAUUCUUAAGGUUGGAGAUAAGAAUGAAAACAUAAGGCGAGGUGUGAGGAAUAUAUUCAAGCUUAUUUGUAAAAUAUACCCAGCCAGCAAAAUGUUUAGUUUUAUCCUGGAUGGGUUGAAAAGCAAGAAUUCUAAACAGAGAACAGAGUGUCUAGAAGAACUGGGCAGUCUGAUAGAAGUGUAUGGCAUCAAUGUUUGUCAGCCGUCCCCAGCACAAGCCCUGAAGUUGAUAGCAGGCCAGAUCAGUGACAGGGACAACAGUGUCAGGUCUGCAGCCCUCAACACGGCAGUAGAGGCAUAUGUCAUCCUGGGGGAAAGUGUGUUCAAGUAUAUUGGGAAUUUACCCGACAAAGAGCAGGCGAUGUUGGAGGAGAGGAUCAAAAGGUCCAACAAGAACAGACCUGCUACAGCACAGCAGCCACAGCCAGUGAAGACCUCCCCAGACAGGGAGAGACCCCAGACUGCACCUGCUGCUGCUGCCUCCAAGGCCAAAAUGCAGGGAAUUCCAGGCCCACGUGUCGCCACUCCUGUACGCCGCUCUGCCUCUGGUAAUGUGAAGAGAGAGUUUGCCUUGGAGCUUGAUGACCAAGAUGAGCCAAACAAAUAUGAAAUGCCAAAACUAGUGGAUGUUGAUGUAGAUGAAAUUUUGAAUGAUACAGUGCAGAUUCCCAAGACCAGAGCUCGACCUCCUAGUCCAUUAUCUAAACUACUUCACCGCUCAGCUGAUGCCAACACAGCUAUAGACCUGGUUAUAUCUCAGAUCACAAGUGGGGACAUCAGUGUCUGCAUACAGUCAUUGGCACAGAUUGAUGGCAUGUUGAAGAAGGAAGACCGUGCAGAGCUGCUGACCAAUCAUGUAGACCAGCUCCUGGUGGCCAUUACUGUCCAGUUGAAGAUGGCCCACACAAAACACAUGGGGGACCCAAACACUGACAGUGAAGAUGUUAUUACACUGUGUAGAGCACUGUUAGGGACACUGCUAGAGCUGUUCCAGUCCAAAGUAUUAUCCAAAGUUGCCAGCCGCGAUGUCCUGAAAGAGCUUAUCUCCAUGAUGGUCACUAUUCUGCUUGACCGUCGUCUGGAGGACUUCAGCGAGGGGCCGCAGCUGAUGCGGUCAGUCAAUGUGAUGGUCGUCAAGAUUGUGGAAAAAUCCAACAGCACAAAUGUCAUGAGUGCACUAAUAAAACUAUUCCAUGAAUGCAUGGCCAGUGAAACAUGUUCUUACAAAUUUAUAGAACUUGUCAUGAAGUGUUUGUGGAAGAUGAUGAGGAUGCUUCCAGACAUUAUCAAUGAUAUUGAUGUAGAGGUGAUUCUCUAUGACCUACAUGCCUUCCUCAAACAAUUCCCCACAUACACCUGGAAAGACAGAGCUGAGGGAGACACACCACUGAGGACAGUCAAAACUAUUAUGCAUUCUUUGGCAAAGAUGAAAGGAAAUAAAAUCCUCAGUGAUAUAGGCAGAAUAGAGAACCCAGCAGAGUCUGAGGUGGUCCAGUAUUUGAACAAGGUGCUCAAGCAUGGAGUGGGUGGGGGCACAGCUGUUGCUGUCUCUAAUACCAAGAAUGAGCAGAAUGGCUCCUCUGAAGAUUCUAAAACACCCAGGAGAGAGAGCACUGGCAAGUCUUCCAAAAGACUGAGUAAAAGUACACAUGACACUCUGGCAGAGAUAUUCAAGAAGAUUGGCUCUAAAGAAAAUACAAGAGAGGGUCUCAAUGACCUGUAUGACUUCAAGCAAAAGAACCCAGAAGCUGACCUUGAACCAUUCCUCCGCAAGUCUUCCCAGUUCUUCCAGAAUUACAUUGAGAGGGGACUGAAGAACAUUGAGCUUGAGAGACAGGCAGGAGAGAAGUUGCCCACUCCGUCAUUUGGUUCCAUGUCAAGCCAGCCAGAGGGUGUUCAACUAGGGGCGUCCCUGGACACAGCCAAAGGUGAUGUGAACCCUGCCAUGUACAUGGAGAGACUGAAGAUCCUGCGGGCCAGGUGUGGCUUAGAUAAUAACAGUCAGCAGUCUACAGAAACUGUACAGAAACCUGUUAAAAGCAGUAGUGAGGAGACUUUAGCCAGUAAUCUUCCUACACUUUCAAGUAGUGGCACCAGUACUGCACAACCACAAGAGAGUGGAGAUGAUAAUAGUGAAAAUAAGCCUGCUGCCGCUCAAGUCAAUGUGGCAGACUUGAAGAAAAGACUGGACCGAAUCAAGAGACAAGCACAGAUGGACAGUUAACAUAACUUAUCUUAUGAUAUAAAUGUGAAAGGCACAUUUGAAUAAUGUCUAAAAAUGUGUUAAACAAGUUGUUACUGAGGACAAUAAGCUACUUUGGGGAUUUUUAUAAGACUAGUAUGCAGACAACAAUAAUAUCUCUCUUUGAAGAGUACAGUAAAGAAACAAGGAAUGCAUAUAUUAAGGCAACCAUGUUAAGAGGAAGAUUUAGAAAAAAAGGUCAGAAAAACUUUGAGUAAAAGUUUUUCAAUCAAAAGAUUAAUAUUAGUCAACCAGACUGCAUUAUGGAGAAGACAUGUUCAGUAUUGCCAAAAUUUUACAAUAAAUGCCAACAAUGCUUGCAUAUGAUCACAAAAAUAUUUGAGAAUGCUUUGAUAAUUAAUGUAAAGCCAUUAGGUUUAUGUACACCAGUAUCAUGUAAUCUUUUCAUUUAAUUUAUGGAACUCCUUAUACAUAUUCAGCCGUCAGUAAUUGAUGUAGUUUGCAUAUGUAUACUUUGUAAUUGCCAAAAUGCAGGGGUUACUUGCAGAACUGUAUUGAAAUACAGAUGAUUUGUAUGAGAUGUGCACGAGUGAGAGUGAAGACACAUUUGUUGCCAUUAUUAUUGUUAUUAUUAUUAUUAUAUGUAUUAUAAUAACAAUUUUUUGUUGAUAGAUGAAUAGUGUGUAUAUGUAUAUAAACCAAUAUUUAACAGAUCAGAGUAAUCAUAAGAGCAUGUUUUGAUUGUAUAGCUGCUCUAUGCAAGGUACCUGGCACCAAGGUGGAUCUGACCAAAUUGUAAUAAAGUCUCAAAAGAGUAAUUUGUAAUUUUGGUUUUCUGGUCAACCCUUCACUUAAAGGAACUACACUGCAAAUCUUGCAAAUAUACAGGCUCCAAAUGGCAAAAGAACAUUGCAA